UCGGCCACCGUAGCUUAGUGACAACACAGCAAAGCACUUUGGCCGGAGUCUGCUGUAUGAGGCUAAGCUGCUAGCUUGGCUGAUAAGAAGCUAGCUCUGCAGUUUGUUGUGGAUGAGUGCAGUCAGGCUGUGUCAUUGACAGUUGACAGUUUAAGAAUUUGAGGAGGAAAAUGAGGCUGAAGGAGAUCCAGAGGACUGCCCACCAGGCGUGGAGUCCUGCCGUGCACCAUCCCAUCUGCCUGGCGUUGGGAACCUCGGCACAACAGCUCGAUGCCUCUUUCAACACUACUGCUGCCCUGGAGAUAUUUGAGUUGGACUUCUCUGACCCCUCUGUGGAGAUGCAGCUCAGAGGAUCAUUACCCACAGCAAACAGGUUGCACAGUAUUGUAUGGGUGAAUUUUGGAAUGGGAGAAGAUGGUACGGGAGGCAGACUGGUUGGUGGAAGUGAAAACGGCACGGUUACUGUUUAUAAUCCCGAGGUCAUAAUGAGCUCUGGAGCAGAUGCAAUAGUGGGAGAGUCUGAUAAGCACACAGGACCCAUUAGGGCACUUGACUUCAACCCUUUUCAGAGUAAUCUUCUUGCAUCAGGAGCGAAUGAUUCAGAGAUAUACAUCUGGGAUCUGAACAACUUCAGCAGUCCAAUGACACCAGGAGCAAAAUCGCAGCCCGCUGAAGACAUCAGCGUGGUGUCCUGGAACAGGCAGGUCCAGCACAUCCUGGCCUCUGCAAACCCCAGCGGGAAGGCAGUUGUUUGGGACCUGAGAAAGAACGAGCCAAUCAUCAAGAUCAGCGACCACAGUAACAGGAUGCACUGCUCAGGAAUGCUUUGGCACCCUGAAGUUGCCACCCAGUUGGUCUUGGCAUCUGAAGAUGAUCGACUGCCAGUCAUCCAAAUGUGGGACCUCCGUUUCGCCACGUCACCCCUUAAAGUCCUGGAGAACCACACAAGGGGGAUUCUGUCCAUAUCAUGGAGUCAGGCUGACCCUGAGCUCCUGCUGAGUAGUGCUAAAGACAACCGCAUCCUCUGCUGGAAUCCAAACACAGGAGAGGUCAUUUACGAGCUUCCGACAACAAACCAGUGGUGCUUUGACGUCCAGUGGUGCCCCAGAAAUCCAGCCCUGCUCUCUGCUGCCUCGUUUGACGGGAGAAUCACUGUGUACUCUGUGAUGGGAGGGAGCUUGAAGUCUCAGCAGCAAAGCACAGCUGAUAAGAUAUCCUCCUCCUUUGAUUCGAUGGAUCCCUUUGGAACAGGGCAGGUUCUUCCUCCCCUGCAGGUCCCUCAGCCUACAACACAAGAAACCAUCAUCCCCCCUCUGAAGAAGCCUCCUAAGUGGGUGCGCAGACCAGUGGGGGCUUCCUUUGCUUUUGGAGGUAAACUGAUCACCUUCGAGAAUCCCAAGCCGCCUCCUGUGCAGAGCCCCCAGCCCGUCCCCAGGCAGGUGUUUGUGAGCCAGGUUACCACGGAGACAGAGUUCCUUCAGCGCUCCAGGGAGCUGCAAGCGGCGCUGCAGUCAGGCUCCUUCAACAACUACUGCCAGGCUAAGAUUCAGAACGCCAAGUCAGAUGCUGAGCAGGACAUAUGGAAGUUCCUGCUGGUAAACUUUGAGGAUGAAGCACGCAUUAAAUUCCUCAGACUUCUCGGUUUCAGCAAAGACGAGUUAGAGAAAAAGAUCUCUAAAUGCCUGGGGAAGAGUUUUCAGCACAAUGGACAUGGAGUAGACGCUAAAGAUCUGGCAGAAAAGAUGCAGCGGCUCUCUGCUGAGAGGUCUGAUGAUGCUGUUGCGGAUGCUCGCACCUCAGGCUCUGUAUCCCCUGCAGACUUCUUCAGUCAAACCCCGAAGGACAACUCCAACUUCCAGAUCCCCAUAUCCUGUGACACUGACGGUUUGAUAAGCCAGGCGCUGCUGGUUGGUAACUUCGAGGGAGCUGUGGAUCUGUGUCUGAACGACGGUCGUUAUGCUGAAGCCAUCCUCCUGUCCAUCAGCGGAGGAGAAGAGCUGCUGAAGAAAACUCAACAGAAGUAUCUCAGCAAGCAGAAGAACAGCAUUUCAAUGCUCAUAUCAUCAGUGGUGACCCAGAACUGGAGGGACAUCGUGCAGAGCUGCGAGUUGGACAACUGGAAAGAGGCUCUCGCUGCUCUGCUGACCUACGCUCACCCUGAGGAUUUUGCCCGUUUGUGUGACACUUUGGGAGGCCGGUUGGAACAUGAAGGCACAGAGAAGCGCUGCCUGCAGGCCUGUCUGUGUUACAUCUGCUCCGGGAACAUCGAGAAGCUGGUGGAGUGCUGGGCCUUGCACAAAGACAGCGCCACUCCUCUUGGUCUGGAGGACCUCGUUGAAAAAGUCAUGAUGCUGCGUAAAUCAAUAGAGCGUCUCCGCAACAGCGAGGUGGCAGUCCAGAGCCCCAUCCUUGCCGAGAAGCUUACAUGCUACGCUGGCAUACUGGCUGCAGAGGGCAGCCUGGCCACUGCCAUGACCUACCUGCCUGAGAACUCAGACCAACCUGGGAUCAUGAUGCUGAGAGACAGACUGUUUAACGCUCAGGGAGAGGCUGCCGGUGGUCAGCAGCCUCCAAACUCCCUCAACAGAGGAGGUGUGGCUGCAGCUAAGCCGGCUCCUGCUGCACAGACUCCUGCUGCACAGACUCCUGCUGCACCAAAAGCACAAGUCAUGGGUCAGUACCAGCCUCCCGCUCCCUCUCAAGUUGCCCCUCAACCGCAGCCUCCUAUGCCAUCAUUUUUUACUCCACAAGCUGCUCCAGUGAACACCGGGCCUGGUCUUCCACCUUCUUCUCACGCCAUGCCACCCAGCACCAGCCGCCCUUCCAUGAGGUCUCCCUACCCUCAACAUCCAGCUACAGCACCAGGUUUCCCUCCUCAUCAGCCAUUCCAGCCCCAGCCGAUGCCCGUUGGCGGCCCCUCCUCCGCCUUCCCCCCUCCAGGUCCCUCUAUGCCAGCUGCUAGCUUAUCAGGACCCCCGCCUUCCUCAUCCACCCAAGGAGGCCUGCCCCCCAUGCCCAGCCCAGGGGUGCCACCAACAACCUUCAUGCCAUCUACCUCUUUACCAUCAGGCCCUAUGUCCCCCACCUCCCAACCUGGAGCACCAGUCCCCAUGUACCCAGGGGCCCUCCACAACCAGGGUCCUGCUCCCCCUAUGGCGUCCGGUCCGUACAACCCUCUUGGAUCAGGGUAUCCACAGGGAGGCCCCGGUGCUCCUGCUGCAAAGCCGUAUGCUCCUCCUGUUGCUCCUCCUCCCAUAGGCUUCUUUCCCUGGCUGAACUCCCAGAGUGACAACCAAGGACCUCAAGAGGGCUGGAAUGACCCACCAGCAGUGAGGGGUGGACCCAGAAAGAAGAAGGUCCCUGAUAACUACACUCCACCAGCCCCCAUCACUGCUCCUGUGAUGGGAUUCCCCGUGGAGGCUCCUCAGCCACACGAUCACACCCAGGUCCCUCCUGGAGCCCCCCAAGAGCCCAGCAUGCAGCUCCUCCAGCAGCUGCCAGCAGAGAGGGUGGAGCAGAAAGAGAUCCCUGCUGACCACAUGGUGCUCAAAUCCACGUUUGACAGCCUGGUGCAGCGCUGCCAGCUUGCUGCAAGAGACCCACAAACCAAGAGGAAACUUGAUGAUGCAGCUAAACGUUUGGGUUACCUGUAUGACAAGCUGAGAGAGCAGACGCUCUCACACAACAUCCUGAACGGGCUCCACGAGAUCAGCCGCUGCGUCGCGAGUCAGAACUACCAGCGUGGUCUGGAGGUGCACACCCAGGUGGUCAGCAGCAGCAACUUCAGCGAGAUCUCCGCCUUCAUGCCCAUCCUCAAAGUGCUCAUGACCAUCGCCAACAAGCUGGGAGUCUAAACCCCCCCCCCCCACCAACCAGCCCACCGAGCAGACUUCAGUGUUAUCAUAUUGUUAUAUAUGUAUUUAUUUCUCCUUUUUUUGACCUGAUGACAUGCUUUGAUAAAGAGAAUGAUAUUGCUGAUUGUGGUCUUCAUCGCUCCAUGUUUUCCUUCUUGGAGGGAUGCAGCUGAGGGGGAUUUCCUUGUGUAGAGAUUCGUCAUUGUUGCUGUGGUAAUUUUACAAAAAAAAGAUGAAUGUAUUCUGAAAGUAGUGAUUCUGUGUAAAUUCAACAGUUGAUGUAAAAUACAAAAGCAAGUGGUGAAAAGUUUGAAUCGAGGUGGCGUGUGUGUACGAGUAGGUGCUUUAUCACAGUCCACAUUACACUCCAUACAUGUGCAUACUUUUCGUCUUACUUCAGGAGUUGUCGAUAAAGUUUGGAUUGAAUACGUGCAGUGUUCCAGCUGCAGAAACAAAACAUGUGGGACGAACGGCUCCUGCAUGGUGUGUAAGGCUUGAAACCAGAAUUUAAAAAAACCUAGGUUGCACUUCCAAUCCUUCAUGUUGGUGUAGUUUGCACGAGGGAGAAACAAUCUGAUUUUCUCAUUUCUUUAUUCAUUUACAACAGAUAUCAAGAGCAUUUAAAAACUCUGAAACAAAGUCAACACUGAUUGUUUUCUUCGCCUGCUGUAUCAGAUUGUGUUGGUUUAUCGUGCCAUGAGGGGUUUUGGGCCAAAGCACUGCAAAAGAAUCCCAAACAGUGAUUGUCAGUUAGCUGUUUACUAUGAUUUUCUGUGUUUUUCUUGUGUUAAUUUAGCCCUGUUAGCACUGAUGUUUCUUAAUUAGCUUUUUUUCUUUCUCCAUGUCACUCACUACUGAGUUCACAUGGCAGCUCAUGAACAAACAUUAAUUUAUGUUGGACUGCAAAUAAUUAAUCCUCCAUGUUUAAAAUGCUUUAACUCAUCUUUCUACCAAGGCAACAUCUUCUCCUUUUUCUAACUCUGAAUUACUUUUUAAAGAUAAGUUGUAUUUGUUUUAGAUUAGACCGCACAGUUCUACAAACCUGAAUGAAAUGAAAAACCUGUAAUCUACAGAGGUUUGUAGCUGGACGUACAGCUGGAUAGUUUGAUGUAUCAUGGCAGCAAGAAGGCAGUGAAGUGCCUCCGUGUGCUCAUUUUGGUUGCACAGAUAUUUAUACAAUCCAUGUUGCUUACUUUACUCAUUGCAGAAACUUUUUCAAAUAAAAUUUCACUUCAAAGCUU